AUGGUACUCGAACACAAUGGAAGUAGCAAGGAGCGAGAGGACGAUGGUAAUGAGACCGAGCUCGGGGUAUCGCAUUUUGUAUAUGACGUCGUUGGCGUAGACACCCCGCACAAGAAGCAGAUCAAUGGAAAACCAAAAUCAAAUCAAAACCCCACAAAAAACACGAAAUCUACCAGCAUCACCAAACCAAACGAAGAAACCAAAACUAACGCACCCCAAUAUCCUCGGUCUCUGAUCCCAUCCCCCAAUGAUGAUGCUGCCCACAAUUCUCCAUCUCACCUGCGCCGUGCAGACCAAAGACCCCUAACCGCGUUCAAAGCUAACGUUGAUGCAGCGGUGGGAGGAGAGAGAUCAGAGGAAGGGCGCCCAUGCCCAUGUCCGUGUCCUGGUGAAGACAAACGUGUCGUCUACGUCUUCCUUACUGGACUUUUGGCGACGCAUACCUGCACUGCUAAAGUAAUUAUGAUUCUAAAGAGAGUGGAAUGGAAAAGGAGCGGCUUGAUGGUUGUCGUUUAA